GCCUGCAAAAACGGCAACAGUUUGCGCCAUAUUUAGUAGCUCCAGCAGCGCUCUCUCAGUUUACUUCCAGGGCUCGGUGUUCUAUUGUGCCGAUUCCAGCGGGGGCUUACCGCCAAUGUCGAACCAAUGGUGAUCUGAAAGCUCAUAACCUCCUCUUUUCUCCCCUUAACAUCGUCCCCAGACGCUCAAGUUUGACUGCAAGCCUGGGAUGAGCUACAAUCCCCUUCCGAUAUGACAAUGCCCAACAUGGAUCCAGCCCAGCGCCAAGGCGAAAUUGGGGCACAGUACCAGGUAUAUCAACCACUGAGCCCUCGGCAGACAAGAGCGCUUCGAAUUCAUUCUGCGACCGACUCCGAUGUCGAGGUUGAAUGCGACCUGUUCGCGGUAGACCUCAAGAAGAAAUCAGGCGCAACAGUUGCAGGAAGCUCCAAGAAGGUUGGGUACGAGGCAUUGUCGUACACUUGGGGGGAUCCCGCGCCAACCAAGAGAAUCUUGGUAAAUGGGCUACCGUUCUGGAUCUCUGCAAAUCUCUUCGCGGCGUUGAGACAGUUUCGACUCCCGGAACGACCUCGAGUGUUGUGGACAGAUGCUAUCUGCAUCAAUCAAAACGACCUAAUUGAGAAAGCAGGUCAGGUGGGGAUGAUGUUCAGCAUCUAUCUCAAGGCGUACAGGGUCGUUGUCUGGCUGGGUCAGGCGACUAAUGAUGACGAAUAUCUCUUCAGCCUAUUCAAGACCUACGGCAGGGAUGGUAUGGGUGGCAUUCGUGGAGAGCUCGAGGACCCAAGAGCACGCAGAGCAGCGACCGAGCUCAUCGAGACCAAGCCGUGGUUCCAGCGGACUUGGACCCGACAAGAGGUACAUGCAGCUCACGAAGUCCACGUGGCCUGUGGAAGCCAGGAAUGUUCUUUCGAAUACUUUCAGCUUGUCAUGGAUUGCCUGCUUCCAGACAUGGAUGAGAUACGGGAUACGUUCAGGCCCCAUCGCGACCCUCGGGAACGAGCCUUGAGCGCGAGGAGAGCAUACGUCUUCUUCAAACAGCAUUGCGAGAGUGACAUGUAUACCGAGGACGGCGGAUAUCAUCAAGCCUGGUUCAGGAUGAUUAUGCGAAGCAGUCUAUAUGAAGCGACUUUGCCACAAGACAAGGUCUUUGCUGUCCUCGGAAUCAUUGCAGAGAUGACCAAAGAUGCCUGCGACGUUACAGAGGGGUUUCCGGAGAUUGAUUACUCAAAAUCGGUUUCGGCAGUAUUCGAAAGCUUCCAGAAGCACACAAUCAACAUCAGCCAGAGUCUUGCCAGCCUCCAAAUCUUCUACAAUAGAGACGCCAUCGGACAUGACUUGCCAUCCUGGGCUAUCGAUCUGCGCCAAAACGUUAGUCGCUUGAUGCUUCGAUUCGGCGUUUUCCACUUUUACAUGCCCUAUACGGGGCCUCCAGUGCAAGCAUACGAUGAAGAGGGGCUUUUGCGUCUCGAGGGAGCACGGAUUGGAGUUAUCACCUCGAUAGAGAGUCCGUGGAAAAACGGAAUGCACCGGGAGUUCAACUCCGAGAUUUUGGGAUCUUACUCUUCAGGGGUAGGACUGGAGAGCUGCUAUUCGAGCCAUGACUGGUGGAUGCCCGAUAACCAAGGCAACAAAGGCAUAGAAGAGGUAUACAAGAUUCUUGAGAAGCGCUGCUCUUACAAUUGGGCAACCUUGGGACCCAGGAACAACAAUGUCAUCGAAGAGUACAAUCCAUUUCGACAUCGCUGCCUAGUAUUUCUGUCGCAUCUGGCGCGAGAGGGAGAUAUCAUGAUUCAUCCAUCUGGUGCCGAGAUGCCUUUCAUCUUGCGGCCGGAUACAGAAGCAGGACGCUUCAGCUUUCUAGGUCCAGCUAUCAUCGCGAUGGGAGUGGUAAGGAAACUAAAGGACAGGGAUAUGUUCACAUAUGCUUUUCCUCGCCGUGGAAGUGGCUGCAAUGUCGGCUCGCCCGAGAUCUUUGUGCUCAUCUAAGGCGAACUUUGGUCUACGUUAACAAGUAGCGAUAGAGCAUUGCUUGAUAGUUAUAAGCAGGAAGGUCUAACCUUGGUCUCAUAUUUAUGUAACAGUCAAUUGAAGAUGUUUCGAUACAUGUGGCUAGUUUAAGGAGCGAGAAAUUAUACUGAUUCUCGCAAAUUUUCUCGACGGACAUAUUGAGAUCCGGCUUAUGGUUCUCGUUCCCCCGCACCAUGAGCUAAUCUCUUUACUACUUUCAAUCGCUGCCUAGGCC